UAUUAUAAUCAGUACGUGUGUGUGUGUUUGUAAUUUUAUGUAUUUAUGUAAGAGUAAUAUAUAUUAUAUCAUUGUUAAUUAAAUUGUCAUGUUUAUAAAUGAAAGUAGAAUUUAAAAAAAAAAAAAAAUCCUAAAAUUUUGUACUUGUAGUGUAGUUCUAAACUCCUUGACUUCCCCACAGAAUUCUAUACAAACCCCACAAAGUGUAGAAUUCUGUGGACUUCCCCCAAGGAGUUGCUUCCCCCUCUUCAGACAUCUUUUGUCUCUCGAAAUUGAAAACCCACGCAAGGACCGCUCUUCUGUCCCAUAAAGGGCAAAGGGAGAAAGUCUUCUUUUGUUUACAUCCAAAACUAUUACUCAGAUUUAUAAAUGUAGAAAGCGCUGAGUAUGAACUAUUCUACUGUUCUCUGGAAUCAAGAAGUGCAGAAAGCGAUCGCUGCCUGCUUGUGAACUGCUCUCACCAUCAAGAAUUAAAUAUUCCGUUCCUUGAUCAAGGCUCAAGAUCCCUGGACGUAAAACAGGAUUGAUUGCUGAGUAGCAGGCUGCGUUUGUUGUAUUGGCUCUAAGCAGUUCUGUCUAUUGUGGCUGUGCUGAGCUGAGAGUGACAGAAGGAUGAGUGGACAAAGGACGGAGCGAGGGAUCCUUGGGCUGCCCAAGAAAAAGAGUAUACUCUUCAGUCUCACCUCGAGGAAGGGGGAGGAAUAUCCCUCAGAUUCUGACGACUCGGACUAUUUCCCAGGCAGGAGGUCGACAGAUGAAGACGAUGAAGCAUGUGUGCUGAAGAAGGCGAAGAAGCGGAGUUUGAAAAGGAAACUGAAGGACAAAACCAACUCGUGGCAGGCCGGGGUGGCCAGAAGUACAAAGAGCACAAGGCUUAACAGCAAAAAAGAUGUCCAGACUGUGGCAGGGAGACCAGUGGGCAACACCAGGUAUCAUUUACCUCCCGAGAUCUGGCUGAGAAUAUUCCAGAUGUGUGUCGACGCUGAAGGGGUUGCGACCUUCGUGAAAAGAGUUUGCUGACUGCGAUGCCCCAUUUACUCUCCCUGGACCUGCGGGACUGCCCGUGCGUCAAGUCAGAGCUGGUUGCCAAGGAGAUCCCCCGCCUGUGCCCACACCUGCGCAGCGUAGACCUGUCCUCCUCGCUGCAUUUCAACGCGGCCUUGAGCUUCCCGGCCCUGGAGACGUUGGUGAAGAGGUGCGGGGAGAGACUGGUGGAGCUGCGUGCGACUCGCGUCCUGUCUGUGAGGAAGUUUGUCGCUGAACUCCUGCAUGCCCUCCAGGCGAGCUGCCCUAACCUGGAGGAACUGGAUAUCCGGAUGCACGAGAAGAGCACGCUGGUUCUCCCCGGUCAGCGGAGGCUCGUAGACAUGGCCGCCCUCGCCUCAGCCUGCCCCAAGCUGAGGGAGCUCCGCUUUGACGGAUUCA